UCGAAUGGCCAUUUCACAGUUUGUUGAAUAUUACAUGUCGUUUUACAGGAUUAAUACCAAUAUUAAACCAUAAAAAUUUUCCUGUGUGGCACAUAUUCAUGGUCUGGUAGUCCUAAAGUUAGAUUUGUUUUCUUAUAUUUGCAGAAAAGAAAUUCCCAUUCUUCUGGAGAAUGUAGCGAAAAAAAUCAUUAAUAAAACAUUUUCUUUUUAAUAAUUAUUAGAAAGUAAAUAGGAUUAAAAAUGGCAACGCCUGGUAUUAGGCAGCGGAGAAUGAAGAUCCUGUCAGCACCACCCAUGAGCCGCUUACCUCGGUUAGACUCUUGUCAAGUCAGGAAAGAACUUACACAACCCGAACGACGACAAGGUACAGCGAAAAUCAGACGAAACUUCCUGGAGAGCAGACGAGAUGACUUUGUUGAAGAAACAACGAAGAAGGAAGAGAUAGAACGGUUGAAAAAAUAUAAGAAAUACCUGGACAACAUGAAACUGCUGUGCCGCAGCAAUAAGGAUACUGACGUAAAAGGAAAGGACCAAGAAAAUAGUGUUUGGCAGAAGGAAGUAACAAAAAUAGAUCUACCCGAGCGUCUACCAAUAACUGUUCCAAUGCGGCUAAAGAGCGCCCAACAAACUCUGCCUCGGCAUGAGCAUUUGUUCAACACAACUCCAAUGUUUUACCGCGUGAGAUUUUCAACCUCGAAAGAAGAUAGUAGCAUCUGUACGGAUGGAUCUAGAUCAGCGAUAAAACAGAAGCUGCAGUAUUUCAUAAAUCAGGACUGGAGUUCAGAGAAGGUCUCGUGGUUUAACCUUCAUAAAAAUGUCCCAGAAUAUCAAAAAGCUAAUUGGAUUUGCUAAACGUACUCUUUUAAUGCAACACUUAUGAUAUUUAGCUGAUAUCUGUGAAAUUACUGAAUGCAUAUUUUUGAAAACUGGCGAAAUUUUAGAAAAAUAUUUUGAAAACUAUACGUCAAAAUUUCAGUAAAAUUCAAACAGCCUCUUAAUACAAUUUUAUUAAUAUAACAACCUCAUCAUUUUUUUCUUUAAAAAGAUAUCACAAAAAUACUUGUAAACUAAUCUGAAUCUAUAAAUGAGCGAAUUUCGUUUAAUGAGCGAAUUUUCGAAAAAUCGUUACUAACACGAAAUAUGUCAGUUGACUUGCCAUACUUAAAGAAGAACAAGUAUAAUGUCUUAUCUGGAAUUUGACCACAUUUGUUGUGCGAAAGUCAUUAUCUGCACCUUUUGUUUAUUGUAAUGAAAUCGCUCGUUAAUAUAAGCGAUAUGUGUAUUUGUCUUUAUGGAACAAAAAUCAUUCGUUCUUUUAAUUUUGUCGAGUUUUUCCAAUAGCAUUUACUCCCUUAAAGAUAUAUGAGCCGUGCCAUGGGAAAACCAACAUAGUGGGUGUGCGACCAGCAUGGAUCCAGACCAGCCUGCGCAUCCGCGCAGUCUGGUCAGGAUCCAUGCUGUUCGCUAACAGUUUCUCCAAUUCCAAUAGGCUUUAAAAGCGAACAGCAUGGAGCCUGACCAGACUGCGCGGAUGCGCAGGCUGGUCUGGAUCCAUGCUGGUCGCACACCCACUAUGUUGGUUUUCCCAUGGCGCGGCUCAUAUACCUCUUAUAUUUAGAUAUUUACCUAAAAUGUAGAAAAUCUUCAUCAAAUAUUUUCAACUUUACUAAAUAUAUAAAUUAAUGGCGUAUGUAGAGCUACAUUCAUAAUAAAUUGUCAUGCAGUAACAGUCAAUUGUUUAAAAGAACUUCCAGUUUUUUUAGUGGUAGUACAUAUUUAUACUGUAUUCAGCUAUACAUCUAUACAGUGUUAACUAUUUUUUAACCUAAUGCAUAGUACUGUUGAUACAUAUAAGCAUGUUAAUUGUAUGUUUACAUAAACUAUAUGUAAUA